AUGGUUGCCAUUACUGAACAAACUGCUAUUUUGCAAAAAUACCUUGAUUUACCGCAAAACGGUAAGGUCAUGGCUGAGUACGUUUGGAUUGAUUCCGAAGGUAACACCAGAUCCAAGUGUAAGACCCUUAGUAAGCGUCCUACCUCGAUCGACGAAUUGCCAGAGUGGAACUUUGACGGUUCUUCCACUGGUCAAGCUCCAGGUCACGAUUCUGAUGUCUACAUCAGACCAGUUGCCUUCUACCCUGAUCCUUUCAGAAAGGGUGACAACAUUAUUGUUUUAACUGAAUGUUGGAACAAUGACGGUACCCCAAACAAGUUCAACCACAGACACGAAUGCGCCAAGUUAAUGAAGGCCCACGAAGGUGAAGAUAUUUGGUUCGGUUUAGAACAAGAAUACACCCUUUUCGACCAAUUUGACCAACCAUAUGCUUGGCCAAAGGGUGGUUUCCCAGCCCCACAAGGUCCAUACUACUGUGGUGUCGGUACCGGUAAGGUUUACGCUAGAGAUGUCAUUGAAGCCCACUACAGAGCUUGUUUGUACUCUGGUGUCGAAAUCUCCGGUAUUAACGCUGAAGUUAUGCCAUCCCAAUGGGAAUUCCAAGUUGGUCCAUGUGUUGGUAUCAACAUGGGUGACGAACUCUGGAUUGCCAGAUACUUGUUACAAAGAGUCGCUGAAGAAUUUGGUGUCAAGAUAUCGUUACAUCCUAAGCCAUUAAAGGGUGACUGGAAUGGUGCUGGUUGUCACACUAACGUUUCUACCAAGGCUAUGAGAGUUCCAGGUGGUAUGAAGGAUAUCGAGGCCGCCGUAGAAAAGUUGGCCAAGAGACACAAGGAACACAUGUUACUCUAUGGUGCUGACAACGAACAAAGAUUAACCGGUAGACACGAAACCGCUUCAAUUGAAGCCUUUUCUUCUGGUGUUGCUAACAGAGGUGCUUCUGUCAGAAUCCCAAGAUCCGUCGCAAAGGAAGGAUACGGAUACUUCGAAGACAGAAGACCAGCUUCCAACAUCGACCCAUACUUGGUCACCGGUAUCAUGGUUGAAACCAUCUGUGGUGCUAUCCCAGAUGCUGACAUGUUCAAGGAAUAUGCUAGAGAAUCUUCUGCUUAA